AUGGUGGCAUCCAGCGGAGGCGGCCGGAACCACGCCGCCCAGCAGGCGCCAAUGUCGCUGCCCGUCCGGACCCUGAAGCAGCAGGACUCCAGCGCUGCGGGAUACGGCAACGGCGAGGCGCGUGCCCGGCCGCGCGCCCAGGAGACAGUGCUCCCUUCGCCAAUCCCCUGCCGAUCACGGUCCGGGAGGUUCGACGCGCCGACGAACAGCCCCUCGCCGUCGCCGAAGAGGCUGUCGCCCGCUUCGUCCAUGUCCAACGAGACAUUGGCCAAGGCCAGCGAGGAGCAGGCUGACGUCCCGAAGCGGAGGAGCACACACAAGUCCUACAUUUCCUCCCCGCCGCCACCGCUGCCACCUCCACCUCCAUUCCUCGUCCACGGCUACCACCCUGUGGCUGAGCGCCGGACCACGGCGGCGAAGAGUUUCAAGGAGCGUGCGCCACGGCCGGCGCGCUGCGCUGCUGUGCUUGCUAUGCUUGGCGCCUUGGCCUAG